CUAAACAUGAUCGAUAUUGGUAUGAAUCUAAGGGGUUAUGGAGUCAACAUAGAUGACAAUAUGUUGGUUCACCUUGCACUCAACUCACUGCCUACAGAUUUCAAGCAAAUCAAAAGUUCUUAUGUUGCACAAAAGGAGUCAUGGUCUCUCAAUGAAUUGAUUGCAAUCUGUGUUCAGGAAGAACAGAACAUUAAGAAGGAGAAAUCUCUCAAUCAUGUCAAUCUGGUCCAAGACAUGAAACCUAUCAAGAAAGAUGGAUACAAGGAAAGAAAUAAGGAAAACAAUGCUGCUGGAAAAACCAAGAACAAUGACAAAGGUUCAAAGGCAGUAGGUGCGACUGGAGUUAAGUGUUUUUUCUGCAAAAAGUUUGGACACAUGAAGAAAGAGUGUCGUAGGUACAAGAGGUGGUUGGAAAAGAGGCAAGCUAAAGGGGUUCACAACCAAGAGGGUGCCAAACAAGGAUGAACUAAAGGUGUUCGUUGGCAAUGGAGUCCAAGUAGAAGUGGAAUUCAUUGGAGCA